AUGGACUUUGCGACAUCAUUGUUGGAGCUUCCUGCGCCGCUCUGGGCCUGGGUCAAAGCGACUCCAGUCUAUAUUCUCCUCGCUCUCUUCUUGGUGCUGGUUCUGCUUGGACUUGUCAGCCUCUUCUUUCUCCUCCACCUCGUCGCCCCGAAGCCUCGCGCCGUCCUUUCCUCUGAAAAGACAUACAUCACUAGCAGUCCCUCUGGCAAGACGACACCGCGCCCUCUUCCCUGCUGGUACGAUCGAUGGCUCGCAGAACGCCGCCUCAACGAGCAGCGAGUUCGCCCAGACGAGGCAUACCCAACUCCCGACGUCGGCUCCAUCGAGCCCGCCGAGCUUCUCCUCAGCGUCGUCUUCCCCGCGUACAACGAACAGGACCGUGUCAUCCCCACGCUCGAAGAGGCCGUGGAGUAUCUGGACAAGCACUUUGGACGCAGCGCCGGCGCCAAGAACCCUGCUGUGCCGGCCAAGAAGCGGCAUGCGCCUGGAGCUGCCGAUCCAAAAGAGCUAGGUCUCAGCGGCUAUGAGAUUAUCAUUGUCAAUGACGGGAGCCGCGACAAGACGGUCGAUGUGGUUCUGGAUUUUGCGCAAAAGAAUGGCCUGCAUGACGUCCUGAGGGUUGUGUCUCUGGCUAAGAACCGGGGCAAGGGCGGCGGUGUCACUCAUGGCCUUCGUCAUGUGCGCGGCGAGUAUGCCUUGUUUGCUGAUGCGGAUGGCGCAUCGCGAUUUAGCGACGUGGCUAGAUUGAUUGAAGGCGUUGAAGAUGUUGUGGAUGGCUCUCGCCGUGGUGUUGCCAUUGGCAGUCGUGCCCAUCUCGUUGGCAGUGAGGCCGUCGUCAAGCGCUCUGCCCUUCGAAACUUUCUCAUGCGGUCAUUCCACCUGGUUCUCACCAUCCUCACGCCUCCUGCCACAUCUCGCAUCCGCGACACCCAAUGCGGCUUCAAGCUCUUCACCCGCGCCUCUCUGCCACACAUCGUCCCCUACAUGCAUGCCGAAGGCUGGAUCUUCGACAUUGAGAUGCUGAUGCUUGCCGAAUCUGCCCCGGCCACUCCCGUCGCCGAGGUGCCGAUUGAGUGGCACGAGGUCGGUGGAAGAGACGCCUCACCUGAGACUUGGAGCCCAGAGUGGCAGAUGAAAAGGCAUAGAGGGAAGAAGGAAACCAAGGGAAACUGGCACAUCUUUGUCAUGGAUGGUAUCAAGCAGAACAAGACUAAUCUAGUCGGCGCCGCCGGGCCUUAA